AUGCUGGAAAACCGCCUGAGGGGCCUGCUUGAACGGCGGCAGCAGUCCUACGAGCAACUGCGGGAUGAAGCGGAUGAUGAGGUUAUUGACCAUGGCGUGCCGUGCAGUGACAGCGGGCUUCUGGAGGACUACGUGUCUUCACCUUUCUCAUGGCUGGAGUAUUCCAUCUUCUUCUGGAUGGGAAUGAAUAUGCUUUGGGCUUGGAACAUGUUUUUGGCCGCAGCCCCAUACUUCCAGCUCCGCUUCGCAUCCAACCCUUGGGUCAAGGCAAAUUUCCAAUCCUGCAUCCUGUCCGUUUCCUCCAUCGUCAACCUAGCUGCAGUGCUGGUCCUGGCAAAACUACAGAUGAAUGCCUCCUAUCCCGGACGUAUCACCUCAUCUCUGAUCCUCAACAUGGUCAUCUUCACCCUGUUGGCUCUGUCCGCCAUUCUAUUCCGCUCCGCCUCCGUCCCCAUCUACUUCACCUUCCUACUUGUGAUGGUUCUCGGUGCCAGUAUUGCAACAGGGUAUAAUCAGAAUGGUCUGUUCGCAUAUGCAUCUGGGUUUGGACGGAGUGAAUAUAUGCAGGCCAUCAUGGCAGGACAAGGCGUGGCGGGUGUUCUACCAUGUAUAGUCCAGAUCCUCUCAGUCAUCGCUGUGCCGGAGCAAAGUGAGGGUGUGAGCGACAAAGAGAUGCAAUACAAAUCAUCCAAAUCCGCUUUCGCAUUCUUCAUCACCGCCACCCUCGUGUCCGCCAUCUCCUUCCUCGCCUUCCUCUACCUCCACCGUCGCCAAAAGAAAUUAACCCUCUUCAAAACCGCCAUCCCCAUCGGACCAAGUGACGAAGAGCCCGAAUUCUCUACAACAAAUAUCACCACCACCACCACCACCACCACCAAAGCCAGGGACUCAGUCCCUCUCUGGACCCUAUUCCAAAAACUCCGCUGGAUGGCACUGGCCGUCUUCCUAUGUUACGCAAUCACAAUGGCCUAUCCCGUCUUCACCAAUCAGAUCCGCAGCGUCAGAGACACGACGAACACGGGCCCGACACCCACCAAACCCCUCCCCCGCCUCUUCCAAUCCCCCAUCUUCAUCCCCCUAGCCAUCUUAUUCUGGAACACCGGCGACCUCGUGGGCCGCCUCAUCCUCCUCAUCCAGCAAAUAAACAUACACCACCGCCCAGUACUGCUCUUCCUCUUCUCCGUCGUCCGCAUCGGUUUUAUCCCACUGUACAUGCUGUGCAAUAUACACGGGCGUGGCGCCUGGAUUAACAGCGACCUGUUCUACUUGGUUAUCGUGCAGUUUCUUUUCGGUGUGUCGAAUGGGUAUAUUGGCGCGUCAUGUAUGAUGGGAGCAGGGGAGUGGGUGGAUGUUGAGGAGAGGGAGGCUGCGGGUGGGUUUAUGGGUUUUAUGCUGGUGGCUGGGCUGACCUCAGGGAGUUUGUUGAGUUUUUCGGUUGCUAAUUAG